CUGAAAAAUUUAGUUAUAGUAAACUUAACGAUAAAUUAAAGGUAUCAUCGAAUUUAGUUAAUGCAUCACGUAAAUUUGCUAGAAUUAAUAGGCCAGGCUUACAGUUUAUUAAGCCUACACCAGAAACAUCAACUCUUACAACACCAUUAUUAUCAUGGACGAUGCCUAAACCAUAUGGAUCAGAUUACAAAUUAGAUCCACGCAGAUUUAAAAAACAAGUAUUGAAAAAUAAACUUGACGAAGAGAAUAUUGUUUACCAAGAAAACACUAGUCGAAUUAAUUUAGCAUCUCAACUUCAACUUCAUCUUUUUAACAAAAACAAUCAAAUACAACCAAUAACGGGCAAAACAUGUACUACACAAUUAAAUGAAGCUUUUAAUUAUCAAAAUGUUAAACCUAACCCAAGUUCUGAAAAAAAAGAUAAUAAUAAAUUAUCAUACGAAAAUAGCCCUUCAAUUAAUCUUUCUUUGCCUUCUAACCAAGAGCAACUACUUAUGGAUUCAGAAAUUCAUAGUACACGAAUUUCGAAAGAAAUAGUAUUUUUGUUACAAAGGUUCUUUUUAGCAGGAAAUGUCAGCAAAAGUGACCAUUACUCUGAACAAGAUAUGUAUAAUGAGUUGGUUAAUUUGGCAGAUAAAGGGAAAAUAGAUAGAAAUAAAAUUCCAAAGGUACAAACCAUUAAGGGAUGGAUAAGCAGAUAUUCUAAACAGAUAAAAAAAGAAGCGGCUGAAAAGUCAGAAAAUGCUGGAGAAGGUUCUGGAAGUAAUAAAAGGUUGAAAAUAUGA